AUGAACAUCUCAUCGCAUUCAUCUGCUUCUGGGCCUGUCUUCAUGGAAAUCUUCAAAGCCGCCUUCACAUGGCCAUAUAUUGGCACUCAAGCCCUUGCGGGCAUCAUCGCCAUAAUUGUGUGGAGAAAGUACUUUUAUACCAUCAGUGACGUCCCAGGUCCUUUUUUUGCUUCCUUCACCCGGUUGUGGCACCUUGUACAGGUACACGAGGGAGACCAGAAUCUACAGAUGAUCGAGCUUCACGACAAGCAUGGUCAUUUUGUCCGAAUAUCUUACGAUGAAAAAUUGAUCGUGAUCAAGGGCUACUGGUAUAAGGGAACAACAAUUCCUGACUACAGAUACAUCGCACCUAUGUCCGUUUGCGACCCGAAAGCCAAAAUCGCCCUCUCCAAGGCCCUGUCUCCCGGAUAUAGUCAAAGCAACGUGCUUCAAUAUGAACCGUAUAUCACCAGGACCAUUGCUCAUUUUCUUGAUUGGAUGGAUAAAUACGCCCAGAAUAGAGCCCCUAUGAACCUGAACGACUUCUUCGCCUAUGCAACAUUCGAUGUCAUUGGCGAGGUUGUAUUCGCUAGGCCCUUCGGAUUUCUAGAUAUAGGAGCUGACAUAGGCAACUCCAUCGCAAAUUCGGAGGUGUUGAGCUACUUUGCAGCCGUCGCCAGCUUCUACCCUAACUUGCGCAAUGUAUUGCUCUCGAAUCCGUUCAUGACUUGGCUUGGAAUUUUACCAAUGGGUCAUGUUUUCAACACCACCAUGACUGCUGUCAAGGAACGUGAGAAGAAUGCAGACAGCGAAACCCAAUUUGUCAUCGUGGAUCAUUGGCUGAGAGCCCUGAGACAGCAGCCUGAGCGUUUGCGGCCUCGCAACGUUUAUGCUCAGGCUACGAACAAUGUCGGUGCAGGCGCGGAUACGGUCAACUGUGGUCUGCAGUCAUUCUUCUACCAUUUAUUGCGCAACCCAGAAACCCUGGCAAAGGCUAAGAAAGAAGUUGACGACGCCGUGAAAGACGGAAGAUGCACCUCAAAAGUGGUGUCAUUCUCGGAUGCACAGCAGCUGCAUUAUGUUCAAGCUUGCAUCAAAGAAGCACUCAGAUUCUUUACACCGGUAUCUAUGGGUCUUCCACGCCGUGUUCCAGUUGGCGGUAUGAGUAUUGGCGAUCGCACCUUUUCUGCGGGUACAAUACUAUCCGUCAAUCCGUGGGUCAUUCACCGUUCCACUGAACUAUGGGGAUCAGACGCCCGACGCUUCAACCCGGAGCGUUGGUUCAGGGACGACGCGGCAGAGUUGGAAAAGAAGUACUUCAUUCCUAAGCACGGCGGCAAAGUACCAAAAACAGUGCCGCAAGAUGCCUCGUUGAUUGUGCCGUGCGACGAUAUGUGA